AUGUCAAAAGGUCAACCGUCACAACCAGAGGACUCGUCGUCCCUCCGAGAUCGCAUCGUCAAUAUCCUCGGCCAUGACUCGCCGUCAACAGGACCUUCGCCAGGUCCCAACCAUUGGCCUGAAAGCACGUGUAACCACGCUCGCGGUUCUUCCGGAAAUCAUAAAAAUAAUGGACCGAAUGAACGAAGUGGACUGCUAGAGGACUACGAUCGAAGACACUCUGUGUGUGGUCUGCGAGAAUGCAAUCAUGGAACCUUCUCCCCGAAUCCUGAGGAGGACGAGCCAAGCUCUCUUGCGGGAAGCUACUUCUGGGGAACAAGGACUCCUAGAUUCAUGACAUCUGGAUUACAGACACCCGUUACCGAUGGCACGUCUGUUACGAACAGGCUACUUGCGGAAAUGAGCUUGAAGAAUCGCAGGAAAAUGUAUGCUCUUACCACAGUCCCGGGUGCACGCCGUUUAAGUUUUAUAACUGAUGACCCUUCUAGGUACCUGUCCUAUUAUGUGCCUUUUGUCAACUGGGUUGCCCAAUACCGGUGGGAUUUCCUCCGGGGGGAUCUAGUCGCCGCCUUAACCAUAUCGUCGGUUUAUAUUCCCAUGGCUCUAUCUCUGUCAGCGAAUCUUGCUCAUGCGCCUCCAAUCAACGGUUUAUACUCGUUUAUCGUACAGCCACUACUUUACGCAAUCCUCGGAAGUAGUCCCCAGCUGAUCGUCGGACCUGAAGCGGCUGGCUCACUUCUCGUGGGAACUGUCGUUAAAGCAACUGUUGAAUCCGGACAUUCUAGCGAAUCAGACGCUCUGCUGCACGCGCAAAUCGUGGGUUUAGUGACUUGCCUAUCAGGCGCUUUUAUCUUGAUUGCGGGAUUGGCUCGUCUUGGAUUUUUGGAUAAUGUACUCAGCCGACCUUUCUUGCGAGGCUUUAUCACAGCCAUUGGAUUCGUCAUUAUGGUCGACCAGCUUAUUCCAGAAAUGGGAUUAAUGGAAAUGGCACGCAGUGUCAACCAUGCAAGUACUGCAGAAAAGCUGACGUUCAUCAUUGAGAAUGGGAAAUACGCACAUAAGCUCACAACAAUUGUGGCAUUUUCGAGUUUUGCUAUCAUUAUGGUAUUCAGGAUACUGAAGAACAAACUUGCACGUCGUCUUCCACAGGUUGUGUACUUCCCGGAUCGGCUGAUUGUGGUCAUCCUCUCAGCUGUGCUCACUUGGUACCUCGAAUGGGACAAGAAAGGCCUCGAAGUUCUCGGAAAUGUAAGACCCGAUGGAGCUAGCGGAUCCGGGCUCUUUCAGUUUCAUUGGCCUUUCCUUCCCAGUCGUAUGGUCCACAUUCGAUCUUCAUUGAGCACUUCGUUCGUAAUCGCCCUACUUGGUUUCUUUGAAUCCUCGGUUGCUGCGAAGGGCCUGGGAGACGGUGCUAAUGACGGUAUCAAGGGUGCUCCAGUAUCGGCAAACCGCGAGAUGGUGGCAUUAGGUAUGGCUAAUGUGACAGGCGGUCUGUUCACAGCUCUUCCAGCCUUUGGUGGAUACGGUAGGAGUAAAUUCAACUCUUCCGCUGGAGGGCGGACUCAAAUGAGUGGCAUCUUUUUAAGUCUCAUCACGUUGGUUGUUGUGGUCUUCUUUUUGGAUUACUUGUACUAUUUGCCGAAAGCGGUGCUAUGUGCAAUGAUAUCAGUAGUAGCCUACUCUCUGAUCGAGGAAUGUCCGCAUGAUCUGCGAUUCUUUAUUCAAGUUCGGGGCUGGUCAGAACUUAUCUUGAUGAUUUUGAUCUUCCUAUCAACGAUCUUUUAUUCUCUUACGAUGGGUAUCGCUCUUGGUUGCGGUCUAUCUCUUCUACGUGUCAUUCGACAUGCUACCAAGCCACGAAUCCAGAUUCUGGGCAAAGUUUCUGGAACGCCGAACCAAUUCGAGAAUGCCGAGCUGUACCCGGAAAAAGUCGAGUUCAUUGAAGGCUGUCUGAUUGUCAAGAUCCCAGAACCUCUCACAUUCGCAAACACCGGGGAUCUCAAAAGCCGUCUUCGCCGACUAGAAUUAUACGGCACCAGUCGUGCGCAUCCGGCUCUACCUCGGGUCAGACCAGCAGGCAGCGAUAAGAACGUCAUCUUCGACGUUCACGGUGUGACCAGCAUCGAUGCUUCGGGGACACAAGUCUUACUGGAAAUUGUGGAAAACUACGUGAACCGUGGAGUACGUGUAUUCUUUUGCCGCCUUCCCUCACUCCAUGGCUCCGUCUUCCAGCUCUUUGAGCGUAGUGGAAUCGUGGAGAAGUGUGGUGGACUUACACAUUUUGUCCCCAAUGUGGACGAAGCUUUACGAUUGACAGAAAUUGAGGAUUUGCAAGAAGCGUUUGCAUAGAAGCUGACAUUUUCCCCCUGUUUUUAACGAUUCAUGCUUUGUAUGACCGCAAUUUCAUCUAGAUGUGUCACUACUUUCUUCAUAGCGCCUUUUUGCAUUUUUGGACGCAGGAAUUGUUUUUGAUUUAGGAUAUUGCUACAUUAGCUAAUGUACAUUAAUGAGCAGUGGAUAAUGAAGUUCGGCUGAUUAGGACUGCCGUAGUUGGAGUCCUUCAUGCGAGGACGAUAAAGCUAUGCCAUGGAAUCCGAUGGAUGGAUAUCAGCGAACUGUAAUAGUAUACCAUCCAUCUUCAUAUGGCGUUUCGCGUCUUAUAGGCCUGCCAAACAUUUCUGUUACCUGUGGCAGCGAAAAGGAGUUGGGUUUGAGGUUCUCCAGGCUGAGUUAGAUUGU